CCAUUAACAUCAUGGUAAAGUCGAAAAAGAUAUUGUGAAAUACUCCAUUGCUUCAUUUAGAUUCUUCCAAAUUUCUUAACUUCAACUACUCCUCAUUCUCUCUCUCUCUCUAUCUGACACUGUCCACAACACAACACCAUGUUUCUCUGCAUCCCCAGAUGUCUCUCUUCACCAUUGUUCCUGUUUUUCUGUGCCUUCUUAGUUUCUGAAGCUGCUGCUGGGUCAACUCUCAAACUCAAACCCACUCCAAACCCCAGUGAUUCCCUCACAUACCUUUGGCCACUCCCUUCAGAAUUCACUUCAGGCGAUGAGUCUCUCUCCGUUGACCCUGCACUCACUCUCUCUGUCGCUGGCAAUGGUGGCGGUUCCACUAUUGUCAGAGCUGCAUUUGAUAGAUACAGAGGGAUCAUAUUCAAGCACACUGGUUCUGGGUUUGGGUUUGUCAGAAAGUUGAGAGAAAGGCUUGUUUCUCCUUAUGAUGUUUCCAGAUUGAAUAUCACUGUCCAUUCAGACAACGAAGAGCUUCAACUUGGAGUGGAUGAAAGCUACACCCUGCUGGUUUCUAAAGCCAAGGAGGAUUCUGUUACUGGGGAAGUCACAAUUGAGGCAAAUACUGUUUAUGGUGCAUUGCGUGGAUUAGAGACAUUCAGCCAGUUGUGUUCCUUUGAUUAUACAACCAAAACAGUACAAAUAUACAAGGCACCUUGGUCCAUCCAAGAUAAACCUAGAUUUGCUUUCCGUGGGCUUAUGUUGGAUACUUCUAGGCACUAUUUACCAGUUACUGUAAUUAAGCAGAUUAUUGAAUCUAUGUCCUAUGCUAAAUUUAAUGUUCUACAUUGGCACAUCAUAGAUGAGGAGUCAUUUCCUCUUGAGAUACCUACAUACCCAAAUUUAUGGAAAGGUUCAUAUACGAAGUGGGAACGUUACACAGUAGAGGAUGCAUAUGAAAUUGUCAACUUUGCCAAAAUGAGAGGCAUAAAUGUGAUGGCGGAAGUGGAUGUCCCUGGGCAUGCAGAAUCAUGGGGUGCUGGAUAUCCUGAUCUUUGGCCGUCACCUUCCUGUAGGGAGCCGCUAGAUGUUUCAAAGACAUUUACUUUUGAUGUCCUUUCUGGUAUUCUGACAGAUCUGAGAAAGAUUUUCCCGUUUGAGCUAUUUCACUUGGGUGGUGAUGAAGUUCAUACAGAUUGCUGGAGCAAUACUUCUCAUAUCAAGGAAUGGCUUCAGACACACAACAUGACCGCUAAAGAUGCCUAUCAAUACUUUGUACUGAAGGCCCAAGAGAUAGCCCUUUCAAAAAAUUGGAGUCCAGUGAACUGGGAAGAAACCUUCAAUACAUUUCCAACAAAGCUCAAUCCAAAAACUGUAGUGCAUAACUGGUUGGGCCCUGGGGUUUGUCCAAAGGUUGUUGCAAAAGGCUUCAGGUGCAUUUUCAGUAACCAGGGAGUCUGGUAUCUUGACCAUCUAGAUGUACCUUGGGAUAAGGUGUAUACUGCGGAGCCACUAGAAGGAAUACAUAACGCUUCAGAACAAAAGCUUGUACUUGGAGGAGAAGUUUGUAUGUGGGCUGAGACAGCCGAUACAUCCGAUGUUCAGCAAACGAUAUGGCCUCGAGCUGCUGCAGCUGCAGAACGCUUGUGGAGUCAGAGAGAUUCCACUUCUAUGCGAAACGCUACCUUAACUGCAUUGCCCCGGUUGCAAAACUUCAGAUGUCUGUUAAAUAGCCGAGGGGUUGCAGCAGCUCCUGUGACAAAUUUUUAUGCUAGAAGAGCUCCUACUGGUCCAGGCUCAUGCUAUGAGCAGUAAUGCUUACCAUGCGUCACUUCUGCAUGUGUAGCUUGUUGUGAAAGUAACUGAUAUUUUACUAUUAUGCCUGGCCGAUGAGAUAGAAUGAUUACUUGAUCUAUGGUCUCUGUAUAUUUUAUUUCUCCAUGGAGCUGGCAACAGUCAUGUUGUAAUGUUAUUGUUGAAUUUAAAUCAUAUCCAGUUUACUUGUAUUUUUUAUGUGUUUAUAAAAGCAGAUUAUAUAGAGUUGUGAAUGUUUGAGCUUGUUCAAUACAGAAAGCUUUUGAGUCUUAGCAACCUCAUAAA